GGUGUAUCGCCCAGUGUGUUCGGGGAAGUGCUGUAGCACGCAAGUACCGGCCAAGAUACGUUACCGUUACGUUAUCUGACGUCUGUAGUGAUUAUUAAGUUAUUUAUUUACGUGAUCACUGACUAAGAUUAAAGAUGGUCGUGGGACCGAAGAAGGUGAUACAACAGGUUCCCAGCCGAAUAUCCCUUAUGAAAAUACAAAAUUUCACAGCACAUAAAAGACAGUCGUUUGUCACAGUGGUGUACGGAACCCUAUUCAUAAUUGCAGGCAUUAUAUCGUUUGCUAUAAAUCCUGCGGAAAUAUACACAAACUGGUUCGUCGAUAUAAAAGAAGGAAAAUUCGUGUACAAGAUGUGGAAGGAACCCACGUACGAGAUAUUCUCCGACAUCUACAUCUUCAACUACACCAACGUGCCGGAGUUCCUCAGCGGGAAGGAUAAGCAGCUUAGGGUUGACGAAAUUGGCCCUUACAAGUUUCAAGAGAUAAGAACGAACGAGAAUAUAAGCAUAGACAAAGACCGUGGAGUGAUGACUAUGAACCCGGUGAUCAAGCUGAAGUUCCUCCCUGAUAAAUCUGUGGGUCAGUACAGUGACCCCAUUAUCGCGCCGAAUAUUGCUCUAGUUGCCAUCAGUACCCUGCUUGCAGACCAGAUGGGCUACUUCGCGAAUGCUGCGGCCUACUACUCGAUCACUGCUUUAGGAUCGAAGCUGUUUCUCAACAUGAAUGCUGGUGAAUUCUUCUGGGGCUACAACGAUCCUCUGGUGAAAGUGGCCAGUACAUUGCUGCCCGGGUGGAUCGAUUUUGGAAAAGUUGGCAUUUUGGACAGAUUCUACGCUCAGAGGAGAGAUAAAGUAGAAGUAGAAUUGGGAAACCGCAAUAAGCGCUACUCCAUCAACACCUGGAAUGACUCACCUGGACUGCCAGAACAAGGAUAUACCACAUUAAAUGAAAGUAUUCUCUGCAACCGCCUGAAAGGAACAUACGAGGGUCUCAUGAUAACUCCGAGGUAUAACGUCAGUAACCCUCUCCCAAUCUUCAGGAAGCAAGCCUGCAGGGUCUACCCGUUUCGGUUUCUUGAGGAGCGCAUGAGUGACAUGGGUUUCCCCAUCUCCAGGUUUAAGAUGGACGAGUCUGCAUUCAACAAGUCAAGUCCGUUUGCUUGUACCUGUACGAAGAACUGUUUGCCCGACGGAUUUGUGGACAUCGGCAGUUGCUAUUACGGAUUUCCAAUAGCCUUAUCAAAACCACAUUUCCUGGACGCAGAUCCUGAGCAACAGAAGAUGUUCGUGGGCAUGCAUCCAGACCCAGAGGCACACGCGUCCCAUGUCGACAUUGAAACGUCAAUUGGCGUACCAUUGUCUUUGCGGACUAACAUGCAGGUUAACAUAGCAGUGAGGGCUUCAGGAGGAAAUCCAUCCAUAAGACCCGUGAAGGACAAAGUCUUGCCACUCAUGUGGCUAUCACUGCACUGCAAGGAACCACCAGAAGAAGUAGCAUCUCUCCUCCGACUUCGUUUUAACAUUGUCCCACCACUUAUCCUAGCCGGAGAGGUGACUUUUAUCGUCAUCGGCCUUAUCCUUGUAAUUCACGGAGUUCAUCGUCUCUUGAAACCAAAAUACCAGUUAAUUAGAAGUGAUGAGAAGCAAGUUAAAAGAAAACCUAUUGAACGCAGAAAGAGCAGUCUAGUACUAAAUAUUGUUGAUAAUAAUGCUUUCACGGAUGACGAAAUGGCUAAAGAAGCUGUUUCCUUACUGGCUAUCACAGAAGAGGACAACGACCUACAUGAUAUGGUUGUUGAUGAAUCUUGACUUAGGAAUAGAUAAUAUUAUGUAGUUAUAGUUAUUUAUGCAACUGUUAUGUAAUAUGGGGUAGUAAAACACGAAUGUCGGAUUUAUGAUAAAAGUAUCACAUGAGUGUUUGAAUACCUAAUUAUCACCAGUUGCAAGACUUUAUCUACACCCAUAAUAUGAAACCCCUCUAUAAAAGAUUCUGAAACAGUUAGCUUUCUGCUGACAUUAAAAAAGCCAGUCUUAGUAACCAUAAUAUCAUCCAAAGGAGUGUUAUUAUGAAAACGAGUGUUGUAAUAUUGUACUGAAUUUCAUUACAACACUCGUUUUGAUGAUAUAAUGGUUAUUAGGACACUCGGUGUUUUAAUGUUGGCAAUAAGCUAACUGUUUUAGAAUCUUUAAUAGAGUACUUAAAGCAUGGGUGUGGAUAAAUAAUAUUAUUAUAGGGCUUGCCAUAGUUCGUGAUAAAGUUAAAUCGUGCGUAUACCAUGUAUAACUUGAAUAAACAACGAAUUUAUAUUUAUAAAUGAGGCACUGUUUAGCUUUGAUGUUAAUUAAGAAAUAAUCGGUUAUUUCAGAACAAAAGACUAGUAUCAAAUUCUUGGUUAAGGUUCGCGUGUUAAGUUUGUUUUCUCUUUUAUAUGUUAUAUGAGUUUAAACAACAUGCGGGUCAUCUGAAGGUAACGUGUAUAGAUGUUAGCCAACACCAUUUAGAUAGAAGUAGAUCAAAAACUCCCUGAGCGAUGUUCGCUCUAAAUUGUUAUUCAAUACCUUGGUAACCGAACUAUCGCUAGCACAUGUGUUCUUUUGAAUGGCAAUAAUAAAGUUAUGCGCUUAGAUGCAUUGCAGCUAAGUUUUAACAAGAAUUGCAUUAUCACCAAGUUUUUGAAAGCACACACGUUGAAAUGAUAAUUCAACAGAAAUGUCGAGAUUACUUCAUCAGCCUGCUUCUAUGCAUACUUUUAGCUUGAAGUGCUUAAAGCCUAGAUGUUUGCAAGCUAUGCAUCUGCGAUCUAAAAUCAACAAAUAAUAGUAAAUGAAUAAGUAGAUAGUACUGUUCUCCUAAAACGGACAACAAGCUGUAUUUUAAUUAUCCAGCUUGUUAAUUAUGUUGUAAGUAUUUAUUGGGUAUGUAAGUAAAGUAGUAUUGUAAUUACUUAUUCAUCCUUCAAGUUAAAUAUUGUUUUUUUACUCAACCUGUCUUCUCGUGGAGUUAUAGUAUGUUUAAUAUGUGACAGCUAUGCUUCUAUUUACUAAUUACUUGGAUUCCCAGUGGCAGGCUCCUUUACACAGGAUGCCGGCUAGAUUAUGGGUACCACAACGGUGCCAAUUUCUGCCAUGAAGCAGUAAUGUAGCAUUAUUGUGUUUCUGUCUGAAGGGCGCCGUAGCUAGUGAAGUUACUGGGCAAACGGGACUUAAUAUCUUAUGUCUCAAGGUGACCAGCGCAAGUGUAGUCCCGAUCAGAAUUUUUGGUAUUUUCAAGAAUUAUGAGCGGUACUGUAUUGUAAUGGGCAGGGCGUAUCAAUUUUUAUCAACUGAACGUCCAGAUCGUCUCGUCCCUUAUUGUCAUAAAAAAAAAACUUUCAUACAAUGUUUGUUAAACCUGUUAAACUGAAAAUAUUGAUACCAAUGGCUCAAGUUAAAGUAAUAUAGAUAUUCACUAUUGUUUCAAGUACUUAUCAGAUAAUAUAGGUUUGAUGAAAUUUCAAUUACAUCGAAGGUGAGACAUGUUGUGGGUGAAGGACACAGUUUGUACCUAACCAGGGCCGUACUGUGUAAUGUUUAGGCAGUAAGGGCUAAAUGUUUCAUUCUCAUUUAUAUUUAAAUAAUAUUCCAUAUUUAUUCUUAGUUGGUGGUAAUAUUGUUAAUGGUCUUGCCAUAGUUAUAUGUAAUGAUUUAUAAGAGUACAUAAUAUAAUAUUCUAAAAUGCAAUUAGAUGUCUGGUACUUUAGUACCAGACAUCUUCUUUAGAAGAAUUUGCUUUACGGCCGUUUUCAAUAACCUAUCUAUCCUUAGUUUAACAGAUAGCAUUGGACUAUAACUAUAUUGGACAUAACUAUGGAUAGAUAAGAUCUUGUCAUUAAACGAUGACGGCAAUGUAUCCAUAAGUUAAACUAAGGAUAGAUGGGUUAUUGAAAACGGCCGUAAAUAUAUAUAGUGUACUGUUAUUAUACAAAGAUUAGAACUAUAAUGCAUUUUAUAUGUCAUGAUAUGUCAUUUAUAAUGUGAUUAUGAAUGCAAUGUUUUAUUAUAUACCUGACAUAAAAAUCCACAAUAUCGAUAGGUAUAGUUAUUUUAUAUAUUAUACUAGCUGACCCGACAGAUGAUGGUACGUAAUAUAUAAAUUACUAUUAUUAUUUCGUAAAAUAUGCUCCCUGUUGUUAUAAUGAAAUUGUUUCACAGCAGAACUGUCAAACCGUGCGUCAAUAAAUUCUGUCAUAGAAAAUAUGUCCAUACAAAACAAAUAAUGGCAAUCGAAAUAAAAACUAUCCUAUCUCUCUAGUUGGACUAAACUGCACUACACCAUGAAGUAAUACCCAUUAAAAUCCGUUCAUUAGUUUACGAGUUCACGGGAAACAAACAUGAGGCCUCUAGAUUUAUAUAAUAUAUUAAGAAGUUUGGGGGAAAAUAAAAACAGUAUAAAUAAAAAUAUUUGGUAAAAUUUUAGUUCGAAUUCUAUUCAAAACUGCUAACACAUGGUGUUUGGUUUCAAAUAGCUUAAAGCAAUAUGAUUCAAGACAUUGGAAUAAUUUUAUUGAUCAAAAUGUUACCAAUUAGCUGAUACACGUAUACAAAACAUCUUAUCUCAAAUAAAUUUUUUUCAAUAAGAUUUAACUCUAAAUUUUUACUAAAACUUAUAUGUAAUAAAGCUUGAAUGAAUAAAUAUGGACCAAUCCUUAAUCUAAGCAUUUAAUGUUAAUCAGUAUCAUUUAUACAUUUCUGAAUUAUGUAUAGUCUAUAGUAUUCCUUUAAAAUCAAUUACGGGUGUUCUUAAAUAGUAAUAAGAUAUUAUUUUCAACUGAUGAUGUGAUAAUGUGACAUAUUCUUUGCUCAACUAGGUAGAUGCAAAUAAGUUUUAUUCCUCAGAUCAUCUAAACGUCUAGAUAGACUAUGACAGCUUUGAAAACGUCGAAAACACAAAGUGUCAUACAAAUCGCGCGUGUAAGACGUAGCUUGUCACGCACACUAAACUAACACUCCUGGCGUGUUUUUAUCGGUUGCCUAACAGCAAGAGACUCUAACUAGACGUAUUAAUUAUCGUAGUUUUAUUCUUUGAAUAUAUUCUCAAUGUAUGCAAUAUUUGUAUAGAUGAGUGCCGUCCGCCAUUACGCAAAGCUAAAUUAAUAGUUAAUAGUAUAAUUGAUAUUUUAUGCAACGAAUGUUAAUUUUAUGUGCGUUGCUAGUUAUUUUAGUUAAGUUACGCUCAACUAUUUUUACUUUAUGUACUUGGUUAGAUAUUUAACGAGACAUUAGCGGUGUUAUUACGAAAAAUAAUUUAAACAUGGCUUUGAAACAAUGACCCAACUAUAACAACGUCAGUGACCUACAAAUAACGACGUCUAAAUGUGUGUAUAUUUUUUCUGUUACAAACAGUGUUUAGCUUGUGUUUAACUAAAAUUUUGUUUAACACAACAAGUGUUCAAGAAAAAUUAUUGACAGCUGUCAUCUAUCUGUCAUCAUAUAAUGUAAAUCUUCCUUAAGAAUAUGAUAUAUUCGUUGGACACACCUUAGACAAGCUUCGACCAGUAUUUAAAUAUAAGCAAUGUCUAAAGAUUGUUGACCGCUAAACAACAGAAAGACACAGAUUUCAAGACAUGUAUAAGUUUUUGUAGUAGCAUAGUAUUAAUUAUAAUAAAUUUAAAAAAAGAAAGGCUUCGAUUGGAUCAUUCGAUGCCAAACAUUAUUAGAUUUUGAAUUUGUUAAAUCAGCAACAGGUUGUUAUUAUUCAAAUACAAAUUGUAAAUGGACCACGCCUUAUGUUUCUUUAUAGAUCUGAUAUUGAUUAGUAUAAAAUUUAAAUAAUAAUUUCAUUUUUAUCAAACGUUUCUACAUGGAAAUUAUCUUCACAUUAUCUUCUUAUACAAUAGUACAAGCGCGUACGCGUGCGUAGGAAAACAUUUGAUAUUAAAAAUGUAAAUUAGUUAUGGCGAAACAAUGACAGACAUACCUGAGGUUCCGAGGAAGAGAUGGUCUGCAGCUGGGGGGUAAUCCUCUAGGAACUACUGGUGUGUGUUACUAUGGUCACUCGGCGUUUUGUGAAUGAAUUUCGUUACACCGAGUACUUUGAUGCAUUGCGAAUAGGCCGUUGACUAUGCCGAUGACCGGUGACAAUUGGUUAUUAACCGGCGUGAGAGUCAAUUGGCAUUAGAUUAGCCAACCAAUGCGUCUGUUGUCAAUAGGUAUCUCUCUAUAUCUACAGGAACUAUCAGCGCUAUAGUUUGCCAUAUAAAAAUUCAACAAAGAGUAUAGACAAUUGCGGCGCAACUUUCAAGCUUUAUUGUAACCUCUUUAACAUACUUGUUUUAUUACAUGAUUGUGAUAUUUAAAUUAGGUAUAAGGUAAUAAUGUAAGUGUAAAUAUAGACUAAUCAUAAGUAAUUGAAAAUAAAUAUUUGUAUCAAAUAUAAAACUUGAGAUAAAUUA